AGCACAGUCAUUCUGACAUAGAAACUCUGACUAGUAACUAAAGGGCUAAAUAGUAUACGAUUUAGAUCGCGAUUUUUUUUCGAUUAUAAACAACCCCUUACCUGCCUCUCGCCACCACUACCACCACCAAUACCAUCAUCUGAUCUUAUUGCUUCUUGGAUUGUUCUGCUUCCUUGAAAGAAAGAAAGAAAGGAAGAAAGAAAAAAAAGGAAAUCGACGACUUUAGCUACGAUUUUCAAUUUCUUCUUGGAAGAUCAUCGUUACUCGAGAAAAAGAAAAAUGAAGUUCUUACGAGGUGUAGUAAUUUUGGCGUUGUUCUUCACCAUUUUGGUCGACUGGACAAUGGCGUUACCUACACUUGACAAAGAUAUACUAAACGAUGUAGAUUUGGUGGAUGAGGAUGGUAGCAUCGACGCGGCCCUAAUUAAUUAUCUCUUUACGAAACAAAUUGUACAACGACUUAGAAAUCAGCUGGACAUUGGUGAUCUUCAACGUAAGCGAAGUUAUUGGAAACAAUGCGCUUUCAAUGCGGUAUCCUGCUUUGGCAAAUAAAUCAACAAUAACAACAACAAAAUAAUAAUAAAAUGAUGAAAAAGAAAAGAAAUCAUAAAUAACAAAAAGAGGAAACAAAAAUUCGACUUUCCCUCUUCCCCACUCCCUAAAUCUAUCUCUUCUACCUUUUAUCUUAUUCGAGUGUUAACUUGAGAAAAAUCAAAUAAUUAUCACGAGAAAGAAAAACCUUCGAUAAAACAAAACAAUUAAUUAAUUAUAUCUUAUGUAAUUGCAAUCAUUCUAGCAUCCGUAAUUCACAAAUUAUUUAUUCGUAAAAAUGUAUUUAACAUGAAUAUUAUUGUCGAUAGUAAUUAAAUAGAAAAUUUA